AUGGGAACAUUUACAGAAGAUCAAAGAAAGAGGCUUGUUGUUUGUAACGUUGGAUACCAUUUCGGAAUAUUUUUAACGCAUACUUAUGUCAAAAGUCAUAAUGAUAAAUCCGGAUAUAUUGGGUUAGCAUUCUAG